UAUAAAUCCAAAUACGCAGAGAACACCAUUGCUGCGUUCCAAGGAGCCAUUGACGCCGGCGCAAAGUGUAUAGAAACGGACGUUCAAUUGAGUGGUGAUGGCACCGUCAUGAUCAACCAUGAUCCACGUACGGGUCGAAACUAUGAUAAAGAUCUAGUCAUUGGAGAAAGCACGCUGGAGGAGCUCAAACAGUUGAAGAACUUGCAGGAUCCGGCACUGAGGUUACUCACUUUCAAGGAGUUUCUCGAGUGGGCUGUUGAGCAACCGGAGGAGACCAAAAUCAUGCUUGACAUCAAGGCUAAUAACUCGAUUAUGGUCUUAGCUGUCAUGCAGCGUAUAAUGUUGGAGGUGAAGGGCGAUCUGGCAUAUUGGAGACGGAAGCUCAUCUUUGGCUUCUGGACCUUGGAGUUCUACGAAUAUGCGUACAAUGCAGGGUUCAUAUACGGGUUUGAAGUCAUCAACAUCACCUUUUCUCCAACCAUUGCCAAACGAUUCAUCGAAUACUCGUUGACCCUACCAAAGGAGUUCCAAUUGCGUGCGAUUUCCCUGAUUCUCGUUGCCACAUACGCCUCCGAGUUCAAGCAACUCCACGAGGAAUUGAUGAUCCCCAACGGACUAGACCUGUAUCUGUGGACACUGAACACCCAGGCCGACUUCGAUCUCGGCUACCGCUUGGAUUGCAAAUCCUUCAUCACUGACGACCCCAUUGCGGCGCAA